UCCGCGCCGCGGAGCGCUCGGAGCGGCGCUGCCUGCAGACGGGCUCCCUGCGGCGCUCCGGGGCGGCCCCCAGCUCGGCCCCCCGCUCCUCCGCCAUGGACGGGGCGGCUCGCCGGGGGGUGCUGGCCGCGCUGCUGGCCUGCGGGCUGCUCCUGCUGGGCGCCGCGGCCACCCCGACCCCGCCGGCCCCCGCCGGCGGCUCCCCGCAGGACACAUGCACCUCCUGCGGCUUCCGGCGGCCCGAGGAGCCGGGCAAGGUGGACGGGGAUUUCCUGGAGGCGGUGAAGAGGCACAUCCUGAGCCGGCUGCAGAUGCGGGACCGGCCCAACAUCACGCACGCCGUGCCCAAGGCGGCCAUGGUCACGGCGCUGCGCAAGCUGCACGCCGGCAAGGUGCGGGAGGACGGCCGCGUGGAGAUCCCCAGCCUGGACGGGCAGGCGAGCGCCGGGCCCCCGGCCCACGACCCGGUCUCCGAGAUCAUCAGCUUCGCCGAGACAGACGAUCUGGCCUCAUCUAGAGUCCGCCUCUAUUUCUUCAUCUCGAAUGAAGGGAACCAGAACUUGUUUGUCGUUCAAGCCAGCCUGUGGCUUUACUUGAAGCUGCUUCCAUAUGUCUUAGAGAAAGGCAGCAGGCGAAAAGUAAGAGUCAAAGUCUAUUUCCAAGACCCGGACACUAGCAACAAGUGGAAUGUGGUUGAAAAGAAAGUUGAUCUCAAAAGAAGUGGUUGGCACACUUUUCCCAUGACAGAGGCGAUCCAGGCUCUGUUUGAGAGAGGAGAAAGGAGACUGAACUUGGAUGUUCAAUGUGAGGGCUGUGAAGAGUAUUCAGUGCUGCCAAUUUAUGUGGACCCCGGGGAGGAAUCCCACCGGCCUUUUUUAGUGGUGCAAGCCCGCCUCGCCGAUAACAAACACAGGAUCCGGAAAAGAGGCCUGGAGUGCGAUGGCAGGACCAAUCUAUGUUGCAGGCAACAGUUUUACAUUGACUUUAGACUCAUUGGGUGGAAUGACUGGAUCAUAGCACCAUCAGGUUACUAUGGGAAUUACUGUGAAGGGAGCUGCCCGGCCUACUUGGCCGGUGUCCCGGGGUCGGCUUCCUCCUUUCACACCGCUGUCGUGAAUCAGUACCGAAUGCGGGGGCUGAACCCGGGCACCGUGAACUCCUGUUGCAUUCCAACCAAACUUAGCACAAUGUCAAUGCUGUACUUUGAUGAUGAAUACAACAUUGUGAAAAGGGACGUUCCCAAUAUGAUUGUGGAAGAAUGUGGUUGUGCUUGAUUUAAGGUGUGUUUUGGGGGGGGAGAGAGAGAGGGAGAGAGAGAGAGAAACAUUCCCGUACAAGAUGGUGUUGGAGGAAGUUUCACUGUGUAUCCAGGCAUCAGUGUUGGAAAGUCACUGUGGAAAAGUUUGACAAAAAAAAAAAAAAAGAAAAAAAUAAUCAUUUCACUUUGGUGUCAGGACAGUGGCAGUUUGUGGAUCAUGGACACUUAUAUAUUCUAUCACUUAUAAGUUAAUGCUAUGAAAUAUCUUAAAGACACACACACACGCACACACGAAAUGUGGGCACGCACACAAACACGCGCUCAUACACACAGACACAGACACACACACACACGAGGCAGCUCGGAAAAGGGACAUGAGCACAGAAAGUCAGUGACCAGUGACGACGGACCUAAAUGCCUGCCAGUACGAGUGAACGGCUGAGCAGCUGUUUCCCCGCCUGCCGGCAAAGCCAGACCGAAAUGAGCUCCCUUUGCUCAGGCAAAAGCACAGACUGUGAGAACACAACGUAUUCUUGCACGCAGGUGUCAAAAUGACCAAACUUAGAAAAUUGAAAAAAACAAAAAAAGAAAUAAAAAAAAUCGACUGUCACCUCUUAGGUCUAACAGGAAGCUGCAGGACACCUGCCUUGGGAGGCGAUCACUUCCUCUUAAUUUAAAUUUAUCUAAACAUAAACAUCACAGAUACCCGCUUCUUCCUACAGCACUUCCAGCAAGGAAUCUUGUGGUUCUAUCAGGGAGAGAUAGAGAAGGGGACAGACAUGUGAGAAACUGCUGUAUUUCUAACACCUGGCCGUUGUGGAGUCACUAGCUGGGCUGACGUGAUCCGGUGCUUUCACUGCCCACUAGCAGCCCAUGGUUGGCUACACCUGCCGUGUCUUGGAAAAGGGAAUCGAUACCAUAUCUGGACUGUGUUGACUGUUGGCACCUCUCACUGUUCGAAGAACAAAAAGUCAAAAGUUGCAAUCUGUGUUCUUCAGUGGGGGACUCGGCAGGGCUGCGUCACGUGGGGGACGAGCAAACAAGCGAUGGCCACCACGGCUAAACCAAUGAACCCUAAAGAGGAGUGACAGCGACAGAGUGGAGACGUUCUGGGAAAUGCAGUGCGUUUAAUAACAGGCGAGGAACAUUUUUACAAGUCUUGGAAAGGAGGAGAGAGGAGAGUGCUUUCAAUUUCCUUACCAGGAGGUGUCAAGGAUGGCCAUAAAGAUCAGAAAAUAAUGAUACAGCAUAGCACUUGCAAACUGCUUGAAUGCACGUAUAAUAGCACUUGCAAAUUUCAAUGCCUUGAAAAGUGGUACUUGAUAGUGCACUUAUCUUUGCUCACUAUCUAGGUAAACAGGUGCCGCAUGAGCUAUGCAAUUUAAAGUGUUGACCCAUACUAGACAAAACUGGACUUAUGAUAUGACUUUUUUAUAUUUUUUUAUACUUGAAAUUAAAUCUUUUGCUUCUUUUUUAAAGCGAAUGAUUGCUUUUAAUGUUUGCACUGAUUUAGUUGCAUGAUUAGUCAAAAACUGCCAUUUGAAAAAAAAUGUUAUUUUUAUAGCAGCAAAAAAUGAAUACAGUUAAAUGUAUUAUACAUAAAUUUUGGAACCAAAGAGGCCAACAUAUUAGUUAUAAUUUUUAUGAGAUGGCAAAGCCAUCAUAUAUCAUGUAGUCAUACUGAGCAAUCCCUCACGAGGCCUACCAA